CGGCCACGCCCGUCCGCUCCUCAGCGGGGCGGCCGAAGUCCGCCGGGGAUGGCGGGCGGGAGCAGGUUGCGGCGGGUGGCGGCGUGGGCCGCGGGCCUGGGGCUGUGCGCGGCGCUGCUGGCCGUGGUGGCCGCCGUGCUGCUCCGCGCCUACGUCCUGCGCGCCCCGGCGAUCCCGCGGCUGUGGGCGCGGCGCGGCGGUACCGCCGCCUUCAGUGCCGGCGAGAGGCUGGAGCUCAAGGAGGCGCUGCGAGGUGCUAUUAAAAUCCCAACGGUUUCCAUAUCUCCGGAGGACUUGAAUACAACUGCCAUGGCAGAAUUUGGGAACUACAUUCAGGAAGUCUUCCCGGCUGUAUUUUCUUCAAAGUUCAUUCAGCACGAAAUUGUUGGGAAAUACAGCCAUCUGUUUACUGUUCAGGGUUCUAACCCUGAAAUGAUGCCCUAUAUGCUGCUUGCACACAUGGAUGUUGUGCCUGCUCCUCCAGAGGGCUGGGAUUUCCCUCCUUUCUCAGCUGCAGAGCAUGAAGGUUUCAUCUAUGGACGAGGAACGCUGGAUAACAAAAACUCUGCCAUAGGUAUUCUUCAAGCUCUAGAAUUUCUGCUGAGAAGAAAUUACAGACCUCGCAGAUCUUUUUAUGUUGGCAUUGGACAUGAUGAAGAGGUGUUUGGUCGGAAGGGAGCAAUGAAGAUUGCAGCUCUCCUGGAAGCCAGAGGAGUGAAACUCUCCUUCUUACUAGAUGAGGGAAGCGCAAUACUAGAUGGCAUCAUUGCGGGAGUGAAGAAGCCUGUAGCUGUAAUUGCUAUCACAGAAAAGGGUUCAAUAACACUGAACUUCACUGUGGAAAAAGAUCCAGGACAUUCAUCCUUUCCUCCUAAGGAGACAAGUAUUGGCAUUCUUGCAGCAGCGAUGUCCAGACUGGAGCAGAAUCCCUUGCGCAAUCUGUUUGGCCAUGGGCCAGAACUCAUGACUAUAGAGCACCUUGCAUCAGAGUUCAGUUUUCCUCUCAAUCUCAUCAUGAGCAAUCUAUGGCUGUUUUCACCUGUUGUCAGCAGAGUUCUUGCCUCGAAACCUUCUACCAAUGCCUUGAUUCGGACUACUACAGCAGUCACGAUGUUUAACUCAGGAAUCAAGAUAAAUGUCAUCCCAUCUUCUGCAAAAGCAACCGUGAACUUCCGGAUCCACUCUGCAGAGAAGGCCACCGAGGUGCUAGAGAUAGUUAGAAACACUGUUGCUGAUGACAGAGUGAAGAUAGAUGUAGUAGAGGCCUUUGACCCACUCCCCAUCAGUCCUUGGGAUGACCAGACAUUUGGAGUCCAUAUUUUUCAAAGAACCGUUCUGGAUACAUUCCCAGAUGUUGACAGCGUAGUCCCAGGCACAUGUAUUGGAAACACAGACAGCAGGCAUUUCACUAACGUCACAAAUGCCAUUUAUCGAUUUAACCCAUUGCUCUUGAAAUCAGACGAUCUUCCCAGGAUCCAUGGGUUGAAUGAGAGAAUCUCAGUUGAGAAUUACGAGAAGCAGGUCGAGUUCCUCUUUCAGCUGAUUAAGAACUGUGAUACCGACAAGCUUCCGGAGCCUCACGCAAACUCCCAUGAGCUGUGAGAAACACACCUGAGAAGAGCAGCUACUAAGGUGGACUCUGAGGUGGCAGGGGUCUGGGCCAUGAGAUGCAGUUGUGUGUUGUGUACUGAGCUAUGUCUGGAGUUUGGUUUUUGCAUGUUGGGAUUUGCAUACAGAUGGAAAAAACUGCUGGUUGCUGCUUUAGGCAAAUGUACAGUUUGCCAGAAAGCGAUAAGAACCUGGACAAAACACAACAAAGAACCCUGAUCUCUGUUCCUCCCUGGUCUGACAUGCAGCCAUUAAUCUGAUGGAAUUAUUUUUUUCAGCGCUUUCUUUAAGCCUCUGAAAUUGGUAGUCACUUAAAAAUCUAAGCUAUAAUCAGCAGUCACUCAUCUAUCAGUAAAAGAGGUGAUUACUCCUAUGUGUGCUUUUGACAAACUCGUUUUAUACAGUUAAUUGAUUUUUCACAAAUGAUGUGUCUGUCAAAAGCUCACAUGAAAGGUUUGUGGCAUGGUGUAGGUUUCAUGUAAUUGAUAGAGUUAUGCAAAGAGUUUGUAGCACUGCUGCUUGGUGUGGGCUUCUUCCCCAGCAUGUCAACCAGCAUCAAGGGUGCUCUCACCCAGUGUCAGUGUUAACUUGAGACUGCUAAGUUCUCCCAUGCAUGUAUGCACUGAUUUCUGACUCUGUUUUAAAAUACUGAGCUCCAGAAGUUCUAGCUAUGUUGCUUUAAUUGAUGUUGCCCUGAUCUGAGAGCUGAAAACUUUUCUUCCUGUCUUUUCAGUGAGGUUUGGUUUUUGGUUUUAUUCUCUCACCCUUCGGUAAGGCCCAGGAUAUGUUCUGUAGCUGGGUGUCAGAACGAGGAAUUACAGCUUUGAAUAGGAAACUAAAUCAGUAUUGUCUGCUCAUAUAUAUUCUCUUUUCACUGAAUCAGUUUCUGUAGUGUUUGUUUCUCUUCUGUUCCUCUGAGAACUUGAUUGUGAAAGAUAGUGAAGCCCUUCAGCUUCUUCCCGUUCAGUGGGAGCAGAGACUCUUUGUGCCUCACUGCCUAUGCAAGCAGUUUUCACUUUGCUGCAGCACUUCUGUUGAGUCAGCUCUGUGGGAAUCCUGGUGUAGACAGGCCAUUGAUGCUGACUCUACUUCAUCUUGCGCUUCUUGCACUAGCAUGCCUGUCUUUGUGUUCUGGUUUUGGCUGGGAUAGAGUUCAUUUUUUUCACUGCUGUGUUUUGGAUUUAUGUUGGAAACAGUGUUGAUACCACAGGGAUGUUUUCGUUACUGCUGAGCAGUGCUUACACAGAGUCAAGGGCUGUUCUGCUUCUCGCGCUCCCCCACCAGUGAGUAGCUAGGGGUGCACAAGAAGUUAGGGGACACAGCCGGGACAGCUGACCCCAAUGGACCAAAGGGACAUUCCAUACUGUAUGGCAUCAUGCUCAGCGUAUCAAGCUGGGGGAAGGAGGAGGAAGAGGGGGGACGUUCAGAGUGAUGGCAUUUGUCUUCCCAAGUCACCGUUGUGCGUGACGGAGCCCUGCUUUCCUGGGGACGGCCGAACACCUGCCUGCCGAUGGGAAGCAGGGAAUGAAUUCCUUGUUUUGCUUUGCUUGCGUGCACGGCUUUUGCUUUACCUAUUAAACUGUCUUCAUCUCCACCCACGAAUUUUCUCACUUUUAUUCUUCCAAUUCUCUCCCCCAUCCCACCAGAUGGGAGUGAGCGAGUGGCCGCGUGGGGCUGAGCUGCUGGCUGGGGUUAAACCACAACACUUCGUUAGCUCUAAAGGGUUAAGCAUUCUUUUGGCCUUGAUAUUCUCUUUAGCUGGAGUUACUAUUAUUAAUUAAACAAAGAAUUAAGAACCAGAUGUUAGCCACAGUAAAGACUGGGUGAAAACUGCUUUGUUGUACUGACUUGCAGACUCUGCUGUAGGUACUAGUGCAACUCCUGUUGCACUGUUGCAGAGAUGUGUGUGUCUCUUUCAGAGUUUGAAUUAGACACUGGAAUGAGUGGUUGUUCUGCUCCAAAUUCAUAUUGUAAAAUGUACUGGAAUGUACAGGAAGUACCCUGAAACAUAUCCUGAAAAACAGUGAUGGAACUGUGAUUCCUGUUCUUUCUGUUCACCGUUGUCUAUUUAUUUGCAGUCUGAUCUUAUCAGUAUAGCCAGUGGGCUAAAACUGUAUCAGUCCACUAAAUAAUUGAAACCAGCUCGGCAUUUUCAUCUAAUAAAACAAGGAAUGCAGAGUC